UUUUUAGCUUAGGCCAUAAAUCUUUACUUCUGGGAAGUGUGUCAGGAGAAAAGAGGAAUAGAGAGCUUUGGACUUUGUUAAACAUGCAGAUAUUAGCAGAAAUCUUUAGAAUGUCAGCAAAAGAUUAUAUAGCUUAUGUAGAUAAUAGACCUAGAGAGGGAUUCUUGAUGUAUUGUUUCUGGGAUCUUUAUGACCUGAGUCUAAAAGGGCUAAAAAGGGUGUCUGAUUUUUUUUCAUUUGGUAGUAAUAAAAAUCUCAGCUUUUUGGGUUUUUUUUUUUGAGUUUUGAUAGGUUUUCUUGAUUCCUAUAUUUGGUACUCUGAGAAAACUCAUGGCUGUGACAGCUAUGGUGUACUAUAUAUGCUUUUCUUGGGGUUUGGGUAUUUUGUUAUGGUACUUGGGAGUUACUUCACAUAAAAGGGGUUGUUGUUGUUGUUCAGCUCUUCCAGUGGCAUUUUCAUGGUGAUACACAGAUAUUAAGUUCUCUUUUUCUCUGCUUCUUCUGCAGCUUAGAGGUUCUUGAGAAAACAAGGACUGGAGUGAUAAGUGAUUCUUGAAACAUGUUAUGAGAAAUUGAGAAUGGCAUCAUCUUCUGCUGAAAAUAGUCCAGUGCCACUCAGAGUAGCACCCCCAAAUUAUCAGCCAUAUCCACUUCCCUUGGUUAAAUAUGAGAAUAUUGUUGCCUCUCCUCAACUGUUCAUGGAAACUUUGCAGAAGCUCCAUGCUUUCAUGAGAACUAAGUUCAUGGUCCCUGUUAUAGGGGGCAAACAGCUGGAUCUGCAUCGCCUCUUUGUCGAGGUAACUACUCGUGGUGGUCUCUCAAAGAUUCUAGGGGAGAAAAGAUGGAAGGAAGUAACAUUGCUGUUUAACUUUCCUUCUUCAGCCACAAAUGCUUCAUUUGUUCUUCGGAAAUACUAUAUCUCAUUGCUAUUUCACUACGAAAGACUCUACUAUUUCAAGGCAAAGUACUGGACUCCUCCUCCUGGCGUGUUGCAGGAAGCCUCUCGAACUGCAGCUCCAACUCAAGCUUUGGCCGGAUAUAUCCUUCCACCACCAGGACUAGAAGCCACCAUGCCCCAGCCACAGAGGAUAGAAACAACAUUUCCUGAAGAAACUACCAUACCAUCGACAGGUUCACCUGUGUCUGGUUUCAUUGACGGGAAGUUUGAGAGUGGAUAUCUUAUUACAGUGAAGAUUGGAUCUGAGGAUCUUAAAGGUGUUCUAUAUCAGAUUCCAAUUAACCAAGAGCAGCAAGAGUUGCAGAAUGUACCUGCUUACAACACUCAAAAAGAAGCAUCAACACCUGGGAUAGCUAGAAGAAAGCGUAGGAAGAAAAGUGAAAUCAAAAAGCGCGACCCUGCCCAUCCCAAGCCUAACAGAAGUGGUUAUAACUUUUUCUUUGCAGAACAACAUGCCCGUCUGAAACCUCUUUAUCCUGGAAAGGAUAGAGAGAUUAGUAGGAUGAUUGGUGAACUGUGGAACAAUCUGAACGUUCCAGAGAAGAUGGUCUAUCAGGAGAGAGCAUUGCAAGACAAAGAACGAUACAGAAUGGAGAUGCAAGACUAUCGCGAGAGACAAACAACUGGACAAAUUGUUAGUAGUCCACUGCUAAUACAAUCUCCUCUUGAACACAAUGUCGAUAUGAUGGAUCAGCCAACUGAACUUCAUAGUGAAAAUGGAAACGUCUCUUGGAGUCCAGAGCACGGAACAAGUUCUGAUAAAUGUGCACAGAGCAACUCGGAGAACAACAACAACAACAACAACAAAGGCACAGAUCCUCCAGUAUUAGAAAUGCAGACUAACAACGUGAUCGUUGAGGGAUUUGAGUUGCUUAAGAGAGUAGACAUGGUCGAUUGCGAGGACAAAGAAAUGCAGGAAGAAGAAGUUGAAGGUGAUAAACAAGAAGAAUUACAACAUAGCAAGGAAAAAGUUUUUUUCUUCCUAGAAGAAAAAACUGUUACCAACUGAGGGGAAAAUAUAAAACAUGGUAAAGCUUAAGUUACUUAGCUUCUUAGAUAUUACAACUUAUCUUAAUUAUAUAGUGUUUGUUUUGACUUAGUGAUAAUUAUGUUGUUUUUAGCAGUAGUUUUGGAUAUAAUUUAAAAAGUAUGAACCAUUUUGAUGUAUUUCAUGGGCAUACUUUACAGAUUAACUGCCCUUUUGUUAUGCAAGGUUAAAAAAAUAUGAGCAUUAAGCACAUCA